AUGAAAUCCGCAAAAUCGAAACAGAGACUAAACGAAAUGCGGACUCCGGCGAGAAGUAAACAAAACUUAAAUCAGGGCGAACGAGAUCCUGUUCAAGUUUUCUGUCGAUUGCGACCUAUGCAACGAGAUACAGAUAUAUCAUGUAUAAAAAUAAUAUCGCCUACAACUGUGCUGAUGUCACCUCCAGCGUCAGCGAUAAGCUACAGGAAUGAAGGUAAUAGAACUAUGAAGUAUACAUUCAAAGAAGUGUUCCCGCCAGAAGCGAAUCAACAAGAAGUUUUCGAUAAAGUCGCUUUACCAUUAGUGGAAGGUUUGAUUAAAGGUAAAAAUGGUUUAUUAUUCACAUAUGGUGUAACAGGCAGCGGAAAGACGUUCACAAUGACAGGCGAACCCCUAAACUGUGGUAUUUUGCCACGAUGUUUGAAUAUUAUAUUCAAAAGUAUAAACGAACUCCAGGCGCAUAAAUAUAUCUUUAAACCUGAUAAAAUGAACAUGUUCGAUAUUCAAUCUGAAGCAGAAGCUAUGCUGGAGAGGCAGCAGGAGUUACACAAGUUCAAAAGUGGUAAAAAAAAUAAUUCAAACCCCGAUUUAGCUAUGUCAGAUACCGAUUUAACUAAAAUUGAAGGUGUGAACGAAGACAAUCAGUAUGCUGUGUUCGUUACAUACGUAGAAAUUUACAAUAAUAGCGUUUUUGAUUUGUUGGAAGAUGGACCGGCAAUUUGUAAAAAUUUACCUGUAAAAAUUAUUAGAGAAGACGCAGCACAUAACAUGUAUGUGCAUGGCGUAACUGAAAUAGAAAUUAAGUCGGCAGAGGAAGCAUUUGAUGCUUUCUAUUUGGGUUUGAAACGUAAACGAAUGGCUCACACAACUCUCAAUGCAGAAUCGAGUAGAAGUCAUUCCGUUUUCACAAUCAGGUUGGUGCAGGCACCAGUUGAUGAGAUGGGCGAGGCUGUGAUACAAAAUAAGAAGUUCCUAUCUAUUAGUCAGCUCAGUCUUGUUGAUUUAGCUGGAAGUGAACGAACAAACAGAACUAAAAAUACUGGACAGAGGUUAAGAGAGGCGGGGAAUAUUAACAAGUCAUUAAUGACAUUAAGAACUUGCAUGGAAGCUUUACGAGAGAAUCAGAUCAAUGGUACAAAUAACAUGGUGCCGUACAGAGAAUCUAAAAUUACACAUUUGUUCAAAAACUUCUUUGAAGGAGAGGGUCAAGUUAGGAUGGUCGUUUGUGCAAAUCCAAGAGCCGAAGAUUAUGAUGAGACCCUCCAAGUUAUGCGGUUCGCUGAAAUGGCAGCGGAGGUUGAGGUUGCAAAACCACAAAUCACAGAUGUUGCUGCUACCAUUGGUUUAAUGUCUGGUCGUAGAAAAGCUAACAGGCUAUUUAACACAGCUAGAGACAACAUCAUUAGACCCGAAGCUAAGGAUCUGGAACUGGAUUUAGGGCUUGUUUACAGCCUCGGCCCUGACUUUCCUAGUCUGGAACUAAAUAGCUCUCAAGCAUCACAUAUCAUUAAAGAGCUGAUGGCACAUUUGGAAAUGAGGAUUAACCGUAGGGAGACACUAAAAAGAAGCAAGGCUAUUAAGGAUGAAAGAUUAAGGUCUGCUCUAUUAGAGUUAGAGAAAGAGUCUUUAGAAGUAAGAAGUGAAAAUGCCUCUUUGCGUGGUCAGUUAGCGUCAGCGGAGCGCCGUGUUAGGGCUCUAGAAGAGAGACUUACAGCUACUGAAAAUGCGUCACUAUCUCAUCAGAGAAAAUUAGCUGAAAUGACUGAAUACACAUCUUCAUUGAAACGUGACUUACAGGAAAAGGAAUUACUUCUUAGCCAAAACAAAUUGGACAAGGAGAAACAAAAGAAAAUUCUAGAGCGUAGAUAUCAUCACAAAAUCGCCGCUGAACAUGAGAAAGCCAAGGAAAUCAACUCUGAAAAAGAGCGAUUACGAAAUGCGAUUGAAGAGAAGGAAAAUCGCUUGAGAAUCAUAGCGGAGGCUUUAAAUGGUGAUCGUGGGGAUAACGUUGAUAGUCACAAACAUACAGGAGAGAUGGGCGCUCAGACCAGUGUGCGGGAUUUUACACCUGGAUCUACACCGAGGGCGUUACCAGCACAUUUGUUAACGCCUUUCAGCUCUGCACCACAAACGAGAGAAACAAGAGAUACUCCAGCAUCAUCGCGACGUGGAGUCGCCAUCGCCAACCCACGUCAUAGACGGUCACUUUCCGCAGACGGUAAAGGUUGGGUUGAACACGCACCAAAUAAAAUCGUUCCAAUGGGUACAGUUAUGAAGCCAAAUAUAAACAACAGCAAGUUUGUCAACAAACUGACUAAUGUUAAAGACAUCGCUAACUCCAAGUCAUCGAAAUACUGUCUUAUUUCCCAAGAACAAGACACAGACGGGGAGCUAGAGACAAAACUGUACAAAGGAGACAUUGUACCAACAUGUGGUGGAGGUGCUCAAGUUAUAUUCAACGAUGUUGAGAUGUUGAAGCAGUUUUCGCCAACAAAAGAACGCGAAUCUUCUAGAAGGACAUCCGGUAAUUGCGCUAGACAUUCAGCGAAAAGGCGGGAAACAGGUAGUUCGCCGCCUCAAACACCAUCAAACACGAGUAAGAAACAGAGAGUCGACGAUGAAUAA